AUGGCAGGCAUCUUUCUCAAGCUUUUGUCCCCCCAAGCAAAAAUUGGUGCUGUGUCUGCUGUUGGGGCUGGAACAAUACUAACAGGUUUUCUACUAAAUAAGGAACAUGUCAGUGCAGCAUCUCAAACAAGGAGGAUGUACCCAGCCAGUGCAGAAUAUCCAGACUUACGCAAGCACAACAACUGCAUGGCCACCCAUCUUUCGCCCUCUGUCUAUGCGAAAUUGUCAGAAAAAGCAACACCCAAUGGCUAUACAAUUGAUCAAGCCAUCCAAACUGGUGUAGACAACCCAGGGCAUCCUUUCAUUAAGACAGUAGGCAUGGUAGCAGGGGAUGAAGAGUCAUAUCAGGCCUUUGCUGAACUCUUCAAUCCAGUCAUCAAGGAGAGGCAUAAUGGAUAUGACCCGUUGACCAUGAUACAUCCUACUGAUUUGGAUGCCAGCAAGAUCCGAGUGGGUCAGCUUGAUGAGAGGUAUGUGCUGUCCUCACGAGUGCGGACAGGUCGGAGUAUUAGAGGUUUGAGCUUACCCCCUGCCUGCACACGUGCAGAGCGUAGAGAAGUGGAGAGGGUGGUGGUUGAUGCCCUCAAUGGGCUUAAGGGUGAGCUGGAAGGCCACUAUUACAGCUUGACCACCAUGACAGAAGAAGAGCAAGAAAAGCUCAUUAAUGAUCAUUUCCUUUUUGAUAAGCCAGUGUCACCUCUUCUGACUUGUGCAGGAAUGGCUCGAGACUGGCCAGAUGCACGUGGAAUUUGGCACAAUAAUCAAAAGAACUUCCUGGUGUGGAUCAAUGAAGAAGACCACACACGAAUCAUUUCCAUGGAGAAAGGAGGAAAUAUGAAGAGAGUCUUUGAGCGUUUUUGCAAAGGCCUCAAAGAGGUGGAGAAUCUAAUCAAGGAAAAGGGCUGGGAGUUUAUGUGGAAUGAAAGACUAGGUUACAUCCUUACAUGCCCUUCAAACCUUGGCACUGGGCUGAGAGCAGGGGUCCAUGUUAAUUUACCUCGUCUAAGCAAGGACCCACGAUUCAAUAAGAUUCUGGAGAACCUUCGCCUUCAAAAGCGUGGAACUGGAGGUGUUGAUACAGCAGCAAUGGGUAGUACUUUUGACAUAUCAAAUCUGGAUCGCCUAGGCAAAUCAGAGGUUCAGCUGGUUCAGAGUGUGAUUGAUGGUGUGAAUUACCUGAUUGAAUGUGAAAAGAGGCUGGAAAGGGGUCAGGAUAUCCGUAUCCCUUCGCCCAUCUCAGCAUUCAGAUAG